UUUUUUUUUUAUUUUUACUUCUUCUCCUUACAUCCCUACACUUUACUCAUUAUAUAUACGAUGCCUGGUGGUGGACAAGAUCCUAAAGAAAAGCAAACUCCCAAGGAAAAGGUGUGUUUGAUCUGUAUUGAUGGUUGGGGUGUUUCUCCAGAAAAAGAUCCAAAAGGUGAUGCUAUUCGCAAUGCUGAAACUCCAGUGAUGGAUAAAAUGGAAAAAGAAGAUGCUUAUACUACUUUAGAAGCUCAUGGUCGAGGUGUUGGUCUUCCUACUGGUUUGAUGGGUAACUCUGAAGUAGGUCAUUUGAAUAUUGGUGCUGGUCGUGUCGUCUAUCAGGAUAUCGUACGUAUUGAUUUGGCAAUGGACAACAAUGAAUUUGGAUCAGUGGAAAACAUUAAGGGUGCAUUUGAUCGUGCCAAGAAUGGAAAUGGUCGUCUUCACUUUUUGGGUCUCCUUUCUGAUGGUGGUGUCCACUCUCAUAUCGAUCAUCUUAUUUCUUUGAUGAAAGCUGCUAAGGAUGCUGGUGUUCCUGAAACCUUUAUUCACUGUUUCGGUGAUGGUCGUGAUACGGCUCCCAAAUCCAUCAUCAAAUAUUUGACCAAACUUCAAGAUGUGAUCAAGGAAAUCAAUUAUGGCAAGAUCGUUGAUAUUACUGGUCGUUACUAUGCUAUGGAUCGUGACAAGCGUUGGGAACGUAUUCAAUAUGCAUUUGAUGCUCUUCUCUAUGGAAAGGGUGACAAGGAAGAUGAUGCUAUCAAAGCAGUGGAAAAACGCUAUGAAAAUGGUGAAACAGAUGAAUUCUUGAAACCUAUUGUUCUCAACAGUGAAGGCACUAUCAAGGAUGAUGAUACUUUGUUUUUCUUCAACUUCCGAUCUGAUCGUAUGCGCGAAAUCACUCAAGCUCUUGGUAUUCCUCCCUGUCCAUGCAAAGGUGAUGUCCCUAAAAACAUUGAAAUUGUUACUAUGACCCAAUACAAAUCUGAUUACCCCUUCAAGGUGGCCUUCCCUGCUCAACAAAUGGAUAAUGUCUUGGCUGAAUGGCUUGGAAAGAAUGAUGUUCCUCAAAUGCAUAUUGCUGAAACUGAGAAGUAUGCUCAUGUUACCUUCUUCUUUAAUGGUGGUUCCGAAGCUCAAUUCAAUAAGGAAGACCGCGGUUUGAUUCCUUCUCCCAAGGUUGCCACUUAUGAUCUCCAACCUGAAAUGAGUGCUCAACCUGUUGCUGACAAAGUAGCUGAAGCCAUUGCUACUGAUAAGUAUCCUUUUGUUAUGUGUAACUUUGCUCCUCCUGAUAUGGUUGGACACACUGGUGUUUAUGAAGCUGCUAUCAAGGGUGUACAAGCUACUGACGCUGCUAUUGGUACUAUUUUGGAAGCUUGCAAGAAGCAUGGUUAUAUUUUGUUUGUCACAGCUGAUCAUGGAAAUGCUGAAAAGAUGUUAUCUGAUGACUUCAAGAGUCCCUUCACUGCUCAUACUUGUAGUCCUGUUCCCUUCGUGAUGGCCUCUUCUAAGAAUUACAAAUUUAUUGACAAUGCCAAGGGUGCUUUAUGUGAUGUGGCUCCUACUAUUCUUCGUGUAAUGGGUAUGGAUGUACCAAAGGAAAUGUCUGGACGUAGUUUAUUGAAGGAAGAUUAGGUUGUAGUUUAGAUUCUUUUUUUUUUUUAUUUAUUGUUAUUAUUUAGAUAGUAGAUUAGGUGUAUUUGUAGUGUAUGGAUGGAUGAAUAAUAAUAAUAAUAAUAAUAAAAAUGAGAAGGAGAUGUGUUUCUCUUAUUUUGUUGAUUUG